UCUUUCAAAGAUUUUGAAAGAUUUAGUAUCGGUCAGUAAUGUUUUCAUGUACGAAUGGUUUACCAUGUUAGCUAGUUAUAGAUAGCAAGAAGGCGAGAAUACGAGAUUCACUCCGCAGACGUUGCAUGUCCUGUGGUCAGUUAUUUGUUAUCUCUUGCACGAAAGAAUUAACGAUCGACAAAUCUGAUCACUUGGACGAAGAUCCGUCGACAAAUUAAAUAGCCUCGAUUCGAGUGCAGCUCAAACAAUCUUCAGAAACCGAAAUGGCUGACGACGACAACCUGGACCUUUUGCUUUCUAUGUUCGAUGAGAGUCCGGAAGAGCAGGCAACAUCGGGCGGGGGUGAAGACAACUUUGACGACCUGUUUGACAAUGAAAAUGACGAUGAGGGCGAGGGCUAUGUGGAGCCAGAGGAGGAAAAAGUUGAGGAGGCUGAAGAACCAGAGGAAGAAGAAGAGUCACACAAUAGAUCCAAGGAAGAUUUGGAAGCCGAGUUGCGACGCAUGCAGGAGAAGAUGCAGGCGCUGCAGGAGCAGCUCCAGGCCUCUCAGGGUGGUGCCAGCGGCAGCGGCAUCAAAAGCCCUCCGCCCAAACCCAAGAACACCUCCAGCGCCUCCACUCCCAAACCAAAGGGAGCCUCCACCUCUACACCCACAAACAGGACUGCUGUUACAUCUUGCCCAGCCCCGAAGGCCACCAAAACACCUCACACUACUGCUGCAAUUAAGCCAUCUCCAACUACUCCUGCGACUAAGCCAUCUCCUACUACCGCUGCGACUAAGCCAUCUCCUACUGCAGCUGCAGCCAAACUGUCUCCAACUACUGCUGCAACCAAACUGUCUCCAACUGCUGCUGUAGCUAAGUCUUCUCCACCUCUCCCUGCAGCCAAGGCAUCUCCACCCACCGCCGCUGCAUCAACCAAAAAGCCCAGGGCUGCACACCAGCCUAAAGCAGGAGGCUCUUCACAAAUUCAAAGCCCACCAGGCACUAGUGGGAUUGGCAGCUUUUCCCAAGCAAUAGGAAGCCUGAGCAAGGUCAAUAGCACACUCAAGUCGCCGCCUCCUUCAGGAAGCACCAAGCCACCAGCACGUCAGGGAACACCCCGACCCACCUCGACGACUCAAGAUGUUCCCGUGGAGAAGUUCUCAGGCCUCAGAAUACGGAAACCUCGUAUCUCUUCCAUAGACAUUGAGCACAAAAUGUCGGGCCGCAAGUUGAUCCAGCUCUCUCAGUUGCCCGAUAAGAUUGCCCGCGACAAUCUGGAGGAUAGCGACUGGGUGACAUUUGCAGUGCUGGUGAACAAGAUGACGCCACAGAGCAAGAACAAUGGCAAGACGUUCAGCAUCUGGAAGCUGAAUGACCUCCAAAACCUGGAAGUCUAUAUAUCUUUCUUCCUGUUUGGGAAUGUGCACACAGAACUUUGGAAGACUGACACUGGCACGGUCAUUGGCAUCCUAAACCCAAACCAAUUGAAGAACAAAGAGGGCUCCAACUCUAACGAGGUGACUCUGACUAUAGACCACCCUCAGAAGGUCCUUAUACUGGGGGAGGCCCUGGACUUUGGCACUUGCAAGGCCAUGAAGAAGAACGGAGACCCAUGCACGCAGCUCGUCAACAUGUACAAGUGUCAGUAUUGCCAGUACCACGUCCAAGCCCAAUACAAGAAGUUGAGCUCCAAGAGGGCGGAGCUUCAGUCCAGUUUCACGGGCACCACGCCUAAGGGCCGUGGCAGGGGGAAGGGCAGUCUGAGGGAGAAGCUCUGCCAGAGCGACUUCCACUACGCCGGCAUGUCCUCAUUGGCUUGUGCACCCAACGCUAAUGGCCCACAGCCGAAGAAGCCUACCCAGUCCACACUGAACAACAUUGUACUCCGAGGACCAAGAUUAGCUCUUCAGUCCGAUGAGGUGUCUGGGUGCUCAGAUGACUUUAAAGGCCUGUUGUCCCAGCCAACACCUGGGGCACUCAACAUCAAGAGGCACUUAGGCCAAGUCAAGGCUGCAGUUCCUGGAGCAUCAUCGGUUCAGUCUAUCUCUGCAUUGGACCUCCUGAAGCAGCAGAAGGCUAUGCAUAAGGAGAGAAUGCUCAACCGACAGAAGAGGGCGCAAGAGAUCCAACAGAGGGUUUUGCAGAGUAGUGGAAAGGCUACACCUCCUGCUCGACCGCUGUCCAAUGGGACGGGGGUCCUGUCACAGAAACCCCUCCCCCCGCCAUCACCCCGCCUCGCUGACCCGACCACACCCACUCUGGGGAGGGGCCUCAGUGAGGGGGACGACAUCCUGUUUGAGCUGUCUCCGCCCCCUCCCUCUAGCAGCCUAUCAGCUGGAAAGAUGGCAGCUCUUCGGAAGCUUCACUCCAAAGGGGCGGCCAUCACCAAGGACGACCCCAACGCUGUGAAGCGCAAGCGAGUCAGCAGCAGUGACAUCGCCGCCCGUGUGGAGAAAAACCGAAGCUCACCGGAGGGGGGCGAAAACUCAGCUGCAGGAGAGGAGGAGGAGCCAGCGCAGAAGAAGAGGCGGGCUCAGCUGGAGUAUGUCCAAUCAGAGGAGUUCCAGCGGAUCUUGAACGCGAAGUCCAAGUUCUCCUGGCUGAUGGGAGAGAUGGAGGUGCAGGUCAUGCAGGAGUACUUUGAGCCGCUGGUGCAGAAGGAGCAGAUGGAGGAGAAGAUGAGGAGCAUCAGAGAGCAGAAGUGCCGAGCGGUCACCUGUAAAUCCUGCAAGUACACACACUUCAAACCUGCGGACCGGUGCGUGCAGGAGAACCAUGACUACCAUUGGCACGACGCCCACAAGCGCUUCUUCAAGUGCCCGUGUGGCCAGCGGAAGAUCAGCCUGGCACGGAUACCCAACAUGGCCUGCAGCAACUGUGGCCAGUUUAAAUGGGAAAGGGACGGCAUGUUGAAGGAGAAGAAGGGGCCGAAGAUCGGUGGUGAACUUCUCAUGCCCCGCGGGGACGAACAGCCCAAGUUCCUCAACAGCAUGAAAUAAGGACCCGUGUGCCCCCCCUCUCCACACAUAGGUACCACCACCCAACAGGACAGGUGUCCGCCAGAUUACAAGGCUGACCAACACGAGUCAAGGCUCUGGAACUGUAGAGACCAACACCAUGUUCACACAUAAGCACACCCAGCCACACAACAGGCUCGUGUGGUGACCAACAGGAAUCUCGCUUGUGCAACUAGUUAUGAGAUUGUGUCCACAUAAAGAUAUGCCUUACAAAACAUGAAUCUGGCACCUGGUACUGCGAUGGCCAGAUUGUCCACACAGACAGAUACAGGCUUCAGCCAGUUGGCCGUGAGACUCCAGGCCUGACCAACAGUAAUCUGGCUUUUGGUCCCAAAGUGGUCAGACGUGAUCCAUUCACGGAUACAACCUGCAAAACAUCAAUUUGGUAGCUGGAACUAUAGGGGACAGAUCCUGUCCACACAUAGAUUCAGAGUACAGGACUGGCCAACGUGAAUCUGGUUUAUGAACUAUCAUGGCAAGAUGCUCUGUUUGGUGCAAAGCAAUAAGCUCUAUAACAUGAAUGUGGAACUGCUAGAUUCCGUUCACACACAGGUACAACUGUCUUUCAUUCACUAAACGGCAUGGCCAGGCCAACAUGAAUCUGAUUUGUGAACUGUAGUGGCAAGGUUCCCAAUACACACAGGUACGAGCACCAGAACAGGAGUCUGGGUUCUCACACUGUUGUAGCCAAAUCAUCUUUCCACGCAAGAGCCACAUCCAGGGGUCGUCAGGAUCACAGUUCGAUUAAGGCUAGCGUUAGUCUGUCCUGUGGGACUCAAGUGACCAACCCACACUCACACACCGGUGCAACCACAAUCAGCCAAAGACUGGACUUCUACAUUGACAAACCAUGAAUCUGGAUGCUGGAUCUGUGGUGGUCAAAACCCUCCCACAUAUAAAUACAACAUUCGGUCGCCCACUUGACGAAUGGCUGUCAAGAAUGUCACGUCUGAAAGUGCAGUGGUUGGAUUCUCUCCACACAUGACUGACAGGAUCCAAAACAUGAAUCUGACUUUUUUUUGGCAGGUUCUGCAACUCUUCUUGUGGAACUGUUGUGGUCAAUACCUCUCCACAUGUAUGUAUGUAUGUAUGUUUACAUACAUACAUGUUUACAUGUGAACCGUUAUGCAAUAGACUGCAUUCUCUGGCCAACAUGACAACACUGUAGCUUACAGACCUGCAGCGGUCGUGUUCUGCCCACAGAGUCUCCACCCUCCGCAGGGGGAAAAUCUGUUGACUCUCAGGCUCAGCGUUGGCUUCUUCUCACGCCAAGACUCCUGAAUGGGACUCGGGAGUGAGCGGUGUGACUGCACAGGACUCUGGACGUCAACCAGCAGGUCGGUUAAGGUCUUGUUUGCGAUGAAAACAAGCUUGACCCGCUGGCUUGGCGACGGUGGCAGCAGCUGGGCAUUCCUGCCGCAGUCUGACCCCCCCGUGGUCACCUACACCACCUACGUCUGAACCUCCUGGGGCCAGCCUGGGCCCACCUACACCAAGCUGAUCUCCCCUGCAGCAGUGUGUGCCCACCUAUGACUGUCUGGCCUAAUCAAAGCCAUCCAUGCUCCAUUCCUUCUUUUAUACCACUCUUUGAUGCCAGUCUAUGGCCAUCUAUGCCAGGCUGACGUCCCUGUGCGAGUCUAUGCCAACCUAUGCUACACAGACAUUUAUUAAGCUAGUUGAUGCCUUUGUAUGUCAGGCUGAUCUCCCUUUGAACCAGUCAGUGUUCACCAAUGAAAAUCGGCCAGUCCCCAAAGCCAGUCCUGUCAGUCUAUGCCCACUCAUGGCAGUCUGACCUCCGUGAUGCUAGUCCAUGCCCAUCCGUGCUCUACUGUGAGAGGAAUAUAGUCACUAGAGGAAGAAUGGUGGAUGUACCUGUAUUAUUUGAAAGUUUUAUUAUUUUAUUUGAAAAGAAAGCUCUUUUAUUGUCUUUUAAUGUUGUCUUUGUGUCGCAUUGUAUGGGGAGAUUGGAAGGGUAUUAAACUAUUUUGUAAGAUG